GUGGCUUGGCCUAAUACCACCACCGCGGCUCUCGCACAUAUGUCUCAGGCCUCAAACUAAAAAGACAAUUUUCUAUGGCUACUUCCACGAAUCAUUCUGAUGGGAACCCAAAAGCAAAACCACCUGUUGUUCUACCUGGCACGGGAAACAACAUCAUUAUAAACCCUAAUCAGCGCCUGAACCCAGUUCUUGAAUGUAUACGCAAUGUUGGCAAAGAGUUUGGAGAUAUAGUUGCUGAUUUUCAGGUAGGCCGCACAACUGCUGUUCUUUAUCUCAGUUUGAAGUACCACCGUCUUCAUCCAGAAUACAUACACACCAGGAUAGAACGGUUAGGACAUGCCUAUAAUCUGCGGGUUUUGUUGAUUAUUUGUGACGUCAGCGAACACCAGGAGCCUAUUCGCGAGCUUACAAAGACAUGCCUCAUUAACAAUAUAACCAUUAUGGUGGCCUGGAGUUAUGAUGAAGCAGGGCUGUAUCUUUCUACGUACAAACAAUUUGAGUACAAACCUCCAGAUCUCAUCAAAGAACGGCUCGACAAAGAUUACAAUACGAUACUUCGCACUGCACUCACCAGCAUCAACAAAGUCAACAAAACCGAUGUCGAGACGCUUCGCACGUCGCUCGGGAGUUUUUCUGAUAUCGCAACGUCGUCGUCCGACCAGCUUCAAAAUUUACCAGGUUUUGGCCAAGUGAAGGUUAGAAGAAUCAAAGAUGCAUUUGAGAAACCGUUCCGAAACAAAGCUACAAGUACUUUGUCUUCAUUGGGCACACAACCUCGAACAUCACAGAGCACCAUAGCAGAGGCUGGCCACAGUACGGCCGGUAUCGCAGAUGAAGGGGACUUGAACACAAUAAAACCAGCCCCUGUCGCUGUACCACGAGAACCAAGUCCCGUGUGGGAUAUCGAACUUGAUUUAGAUCCCCCAUCGGAUAUUGACUAGGGACCCAUACAUCACGGAACUUCAUCUACGAGCUACAGCAAGGAAUAUCAUCGUAUAUGGCUCCAUAACUGACGGGGCCUCGCCAGCCCCGAUCGGACCUUACCAUACAGAGUACUAAAGGAGGGAAAGCACAACGUAGUAAACGGAAAUUUCAUAGUCAUCUGAUUGAUAUCACAUCACCCAGCCAAUCCCUAGUUCUGGAGGGACUCUAUAGCGAAACAUGAUCUGACCAAAAGGAUGCAUGGGUGCUCCAAGGGGGUCUAGUAUUUAAGGUGUAUUUACGAUACCGGGUCUUACAGUAGAAUGACAAUAUGAUAACGUACAGGAGGAUGGCAGCAAACCAAUAUGUGACGGCUCGGAACUACAGUAAAUUAAAAGAGAAACCUAUGUUUUGGCAAAAUAAGCUCGCAGGUUCCGUGGUUUACCCAUUUCGCUCUUAUUUCUUAUGAUGGCUAGACGCUGAUAGCAUAUGCGCAAUGCCAACCGUUGAAGAGAUGAUUUGGUACGAGAGCGAUCAAGAUGCGCAGCGCGAGUAUCGACUAUUUUUCCGUGAAUCAGAUCCAGGGUAUUUUUUAACACUUCUAUUGGCGUCAAAGGCCUCUUAGACUUGCUUGGACUGUCGUGGACUGAACCACAGCUGGCAGAACCCUGGAACUGAAGCUCUUUGAUGAUAUAAGGAUCUAUAUCCACCAGCGCAAUGCUAAGGAUGUUGACGUAAUGACCGAGGUCUUCAUAAUCGGUAGUUUCAGAUGAAACAUCGAAAGGAAGCCCAGAACCCGAGGGAGGCGUCAAGAGCGAGAUAACUUUGUCCAACGGCGGGAGCCCAGCAUUGAAAAGAGUACCCUGACCAGAUAAGAGACUGAAAGCAAGCCAUUGCGCGAGAUGCCUAGCAGGAACACACCCGCUUGAAAGAUACGAAAGAAGGUGUGCUUUAUUUACGGGCGUGAGUUUGAAUGCAUAAGCCAGUAUCUUGUCAUGGAGGGUGGUUUCUACGUCCAAAGCCGUAUGCGGCUUUUGAUUGACAGUCGAGCAGAUGCUAUCGACGCAAAUAAUUAAUUGACGCCGAAGAUCGUUGGAUAUGGAUGGAUCAAGUCCGACGAGU